CCUCUAUUCAUCAUCUUCUUCAUUUCUUCCCUCUUUUUCCUUUGUUUUGUUUGGAUUAAAAUACCUAAAAUUUCUUUCUCUCUCUCACGACAUUGAACUCAGCCAAACCCCAAUCCUCAUUCUUUGAAGCUUCCCAUCGAAUCCCAAAUUAAAAAAAAAAAAAAUGGCGGACUGAAAGUCCUUCUAACCUCAACUAUGGCGCCACUCCUCUGAUUUCUUCUUGAAUCUCUUCUCCUUUCCUUGAUUUUUUCAAAGGUAAUUCAUCCAAUUUCUUGUUUCUUGAAUUAUUUCGAGUGAUUAAAAACGCCUAUUGUUACUUCCUCUGAAAUUCGAAGCAACAUCAAUUAUCUGUUCUUUGGUGUCUUUUCAAAACAGUCACAACAGGUGCAAUCUCCUUCCUCAAAACAGGCCCUAAACAACACAAACCUUUCGAUUUGCUUCUCAAAACAGGCGGAAACGAUUUCUCUGCGUGCUCUUUCUAGUUGAUAGCUGCGAAUUGAUCACGGCUCUUUGAAGCGUCGUCUUUGUUUGAUUACAGAUCGGAACCGGUCGGGAACGAUGGGUAGCGGUGAUUGAAUAGUGUUCCAAGGACGUAUAUUGAGUUGAGCACGUAGGAAUUUGUGGACUUGUAUUAGGAUUUUGGAUAAAUGUAAAUUUGAUUUAGCUGUGUUGGUUAUAUGGGACUUAUAGAGAACUGUAUGAUUAUCCUUUGUUAUUAGAUAUUUGUUUUGAGAUAUAGCUGAGUUAGUUACGUUGAAAGAGCUGGUGUCUCUUUACUCAAGUUUUGGAAGUGUGAUUUCGGUUUCUUGGGAAACGAAUCCAGUGAUGACCCUGUUUACUCAGUCAACGGUAAGUCGGGUUGUUACAGUUGGUAUCAAAGCCGAAACGUGAAUUGAGGACCUUUGGAUGGGUAAUAAAGUUAUGGGAUCAAUGUGCGGAGGAGAAAAGACAUUAGGUGUGACAAUAGAGAUUUGGGUAGAAGCUAGUUGAUGGGGUAACGUGAAGCGGACGUUUUAUUCAAGUAUCGUUUUAUGGAGUUUCAUACGCUCAUGUUUGUAUGUACCUUCAUAAGCUAUGUAUUGCUGUUAAACGUAAGAUCUAUAUUUGAUUGCGCACGUGCAGAAAUAGAUGAGUAUCAUAUGCCACGACCCGAGAGUCAUGGGAAUAGAGUAGAAUCUGGGAACUCCCAUGACUCUGAGCGUACGGUCCCGUCACGUGAGGCAUCUCAUGCGCGAUCUGAACCUACCGAGACCUCUACACCUGUCGUUCCGGCUGCUAUCACAGUCGAACAGUUUGAGACUAUGCUUAAGAUGUUCUACACGCAGCAGCAACAAAACCUGCUUCUACAAAAGCAAGUGCUUCAGACUCUUAACGAUGGUUCUUCAAAGGGUAGUUCUGGGCACGAUCUAGGGGCGUCACAAGCGGAGGGUAUUCAGAGGUUGGCCCCUAGGAAGUAUGACGGUCAGGGUCCUCCUACUAGACUAGACGAUUGGAUUCGAGAGAUGGAGAAGAUAUUCGCGAUACUGAAGACUCCCGAGGAUAUGAGGGUAGACUUAGCGGUACAUUACCUCACCGGUGACGCUGAUACUUGGUGGGUCACCCAUAGGGACGCUCUUUUACCAGUUUCUUCUGCCACUACAUCGGAACAUCCUUCUACCGUAUCUUCUCUUCCUUGGAGCUUGUUUGUAUCAGCACUCCGUGAAGAGUUUUUCCCUCUACAUCUUCAGCGGAAGAUGUUCGAUGAGUAUUCUCGGCUUACGCAGGGAACUCAGACCAUUCACCAGUACUACGUUCGAUUUAUGGAAUUAGCUAAGUACGUGGACGACAUGAAGAUCGGGGAGAGAUUUAGGGCUCAGAGGUUCUUAUCAGGAUUGAUUCUGGAUAUCCGAGAACGUAUGAGGAACUUGGGGCACGAACAUGUUAGAGGUGUGUACCAUGAUGCAUGUGAAGCUGAACGCCUAUGGGAUGAGCGGAAGGCCACUCAAGGGCUGAAGCGACAAAGGGAAGACACUCACGAGAUAUCACAGAGUGUUGGGGGUCGAAGAUAUUCAGCACCUACUCAGUCACACCGGGAGCACCAAUCUAGUUUUGGGAUAUAGAUCCAGUGAUGACCCUGUUUACCCAGUCAACGGUAAGUCGGGUUGUUACAGUAAUAGAAGCUUGAACUAAGAUGCGGUCUUAGGAGGAGAUGCAAUGAGCUAUAUGAACCUAGUUUGUUGUAUCGAACGCUUUGUUGUGAUGUUAUGUUUGUUAUGCUUCAGGAGGCGACGUCAUCGAGGAAGCUUUCUAGUUGAUAGCUGCGAAUCGAUCACGGCUCUUUAAAGCGUCUUGUUGUUUGCCUACAGAUCGGAACCAGACGGGAAUAAUGGAUUAGCGGAGGUGAUUAGUGGUUCCAAGGAUGUAUAUUGAGCUGAGCACUUAGGAAUUUGUAGUUUUGUAUUAGGAUUUUGGAUAAAUGUAUAUUUGUUUUGGUUGUGUUGGUUAUAUCGAACUUGUAAGAAUUGUAUGAUUAGCUUGUGAUUUAGUUAGAUGUUUGGUUUGAGAAUUAGCUGAGUUAGUCACUUUAAAGAGCUUGUGACCCUUUGCUUGAGUUUUGGAAGUGUGAAUUCAGUUUCUUGGGAAACGAAUCCAGUGAUGACCCUGUUUACCCAGUCAACGGUAAGUCGGGUUGUUACAGUUCCAUUAAAUGAUGAGCAUACUCAGCUCGAGCAUGGCAAUGGAAGUAAAACUAGUGAACACAAAGGUUAGUUUUGCUUUAAUAACAUAUUAUUCAAGUUGGUUACUGUAAAUUGGACGUAAAUAAAUUUCAAGGUGAUAUUUAAUACUUACAAGUUGGUAUUAGAUAUUAUUCAUUAUAGUUUAUGCAAUAAUUCGAAGAUUUUUUAUAAGUUGGCAUUAGAUAGUUUACAGUUUGGCAUUAAAUAGUUGUAAAUUGGUACUAGAUGCUAUCCUAAAUUGACACUAGAUAGUUUUCAAAUUGGGAUUAAAAAGUUUUCAAAUUGGCAUUAGAUAGUUUAAACUUGGCAUUAGAUGCUAUCCUAAAUUGGCGUUAAGUAAUUUUCAAAUUGGCAUUAUAUAAUUUUCAAAUUGGCGUUAGAUUGUUUCAAAUUGGCAUUAGAUGGAUUUCAAAUUGGUAUUAGAUGGUAUUCAAAUUGGCAUUAGGCCGGUGCUAUUUAAAUUGGCAUAAUAUAUUUUCAAAAUGGCAUUAAAUAGUAUUCAAAUUAGCAUUAAAUAGUUUUCCAAUUGACAUUAGAGAGUUUUAAAUUGGUAUUAGAUAGUGUUAAAUUGGCAUUAAAUGCUAUUUAAAUUGACAUUAAGGAUAGUUUCAAAUUGGCAUUAAAUAGUUUUAAAUUGGUAGUAAGGAUAGUUUUAAAUUGGCAUUAGAUAGUGUUAAAUUGACAUUAUAUGCUACUUAAAUUGGCAUUAAGGAUAGCUUCAAAUCGGCAUCAAAUAGUUUUAAAUUUGCAUUAGAUAGUUUUAAAUUGACAUUAUAUGCUAAUUAAAUUUGACAUUAGAUAUUUUACAAAUUAGCAUUAGAUAGUAUUCAAACUGGCAUUAAAUAGUUUUCAAAUUAGUUAGUUUUAAAUUGAUAGUAAGGAUAGUUUGAAAUUGGCAUUAUAUGCUAGUUCAAUUGGCAUUAGAUAGUAUUCAAACUGGCAUUAAAUAAUUUUCAAAUUUGUAUUAUGUGGUAUAUAAAUUGGCAUUAGAUAUUCCCAAAUUGGCAUUAGAUUUUUAUAAGUUAGCAUUUGGUGCUUAUGUAUAUUUGUGACAGGAUGUAAUUAUGACAAGCAACUACAAGUCAUCAACCAUGACAGAGAUGACAAUAUUACAACGAACAUUGAUUAUGCUAACCCACUUCAAGUAAGACGACAGCUAAGUGACCUUACAAAUGUGGAUAUAUACGGGACACUUACAAUAACAUAAUCCCAAUUUACACAGAUAAAAACACCACUUACAGUAACCUAUCUCCAACUUAUGAUAUACAUAAUCCCAAUUUAAACAAUCUUAAAAACAUCACUUAGAAUAACAUGAUCUAAUGUCAACUUGUAUUGGUUUGAAUGCCAAAUAAUACAUAUUUAAUGCCAACUUAUAUAUGUUAAACCCCAAUUCUUAAAACAAACAUUUAAAUAUUUAUUGCCAACUUAUUUUUCAGAUGCACAGUUAUUUUGACGAUUUACAUGUUCUUAAUGCCUAAUUACAUGGUAUCUAAUGCCUAUUUACUAAAUAUUUAAUGCCUACUUGAACCUUAAAUAUGUAAGAUAUGUACAACAAUAAAAAUGACAAAAAACUUACAUCUAUUGCCUUCCUCUUGAUUUCUUCGUCAGUUUUCCAUCUCUCGUUGAGUUGGUAACUCACCAACCUUGUCGAAAUCGGUUCAUUUAAUGGCAUCUCCUAGACAUGCUCUUCUUGUUCAUCAAUUUCCACUGCCCUGUCAGGCAGUGGCAUCUCUUUAACUGACAGGUUCACACCCUCUGCUUCAUCAACCCCCUGUGCAAUCCCCUUGCACCAGUCGCUGUACUGGUGCGUGAUUGGCAGUCCCUUGAGCGUGAUUAUCGCUUUUCCAAAACCUGCAGCCCUUUCAGCCUCAAAUCUAGUUUUUAGGAGCUUCUCGCUCAGAUGCUAAACUAGGGGCAAAGACCUAGGAUACGGUCUCCCCUGAAAAGGAAAUCUAUAACAGUAGCAGACAAGUAAUACAAGCACACAUCCAUUAACAAAAUUAAUGCGAUUGUCUCCGUUCACACGACGUACAGUGUCACACAAACUAUCUAAGGUGAAAGAACACCAAUCAAAGGAAUAAAUCAAAGCGGGAUUAAAAAUAGCAGAAUACAAUGUCUUCCUGAUCUUGAAAUCAGGAAGAGGGGCUAACAAAAUAUAGACAGCAUACAACACAAAUAGUUUUUUAAAUUCAUCCCCUCCAUCAGGGUACCUCAUAAACAGGUGAGGAAGAUGUUUCGCCCUCAUUGCGUCUGGAUUAGGAAACCCUAGAGUUUAAACCCAUGCAUCAUACCCGUUUUCAUGGGUGCAGGCUUUUAUUUUGAUUUGAUUUGUUGGAUUUAGCAGCAAACCAAAUAUAUCAUAUACAUAAUCAGCGUUUAUGACGCAUCCUCUAUUGUUGGGUAUAUUCUAGAUCCGGUUAACAUGGUCAAAGUGAGCAACAAGGAAUGAUAUAAUGCCGAAAGGUAUUUUACCGCACUUGACCUUCAGCAAUCCAGAAAAUCCGAUGGAAUUAACAUCACAAAUUUAAGUCGGAGUGAGAGUAAAUUCUUCUUUACCAUUACUAAGGAAAAGAUGUGGUUUGCAGUUUGUGUAAAUAGCUCUGUUAACAUUGCAUACAAAAUGGUAAACAAUAAAAACUUGUAUCAUACUAAAUCU